GUCUCCGUCUGAUGAGUGAUGAUACACUCCGGUGAUUCCAACAAUAAAAAUCUAUCCCCAAAUCUUCGAUUAAAGAUAUGGGCCUUCGAAACUCAUUCUGGGUCGGAGAUCGGGCAGCCGUUGACUCGUGAGUUGUUGGAGUUGGCGAGGGAGCGUGAGUUCUUCGAGUGGAUGAGAGGGGUUCGGAGGAGAAUCCACGAGUACCCAGAGCUGGGAUUUGAGGAGCACAAGACGAGUCAACUCAUCAGGGCCGAGCUUGACUCGCUUGGGAUUGAGUACAAGUGGCCUGUGGCCAAGACCGGCGUCGUCGCUUCCAUUGGGUCCGGUGGGAAACCAGUUUUUGCUCUCAGAGCUGAUAUGGAUGCUCUCCCUCUCCAAGAAUUGGUCGAGUGGGAGCAUAAGAGCAACAUUGACGGCAAGAUGCACGCCUGCGGUCACGAUUCUCAUGUAGCAAUGCUACUUGGAGCGGCUAGAUUACUCCAAGGGAAAAAAGAUCAAUUGAAGGGAACCGUGAAGCUUGUUUUCCAGCCUGGAGAAGAGGGUUAUGCUGGUGCUUACCACAUGUUGCAAGAUGGUGUUCUUGAGGACGUCAACGCCAUCUUCGCAUUACAUGUUCUGCCAUCAAUACCCACCGGCGUUAUUGCUUCAAGGCCUGGUCCAUCGCUUGCUGGUGCCGGGCUCUUUUCAGCCACCAUUAAAGGAAAAGGUGGACAUGCAGCAGCCCCACAUAAGAACAGAGACCCGAUUCUCGCAGCGGCCUUCUCAAUCCUUGCUCUCCAACAAAUUGCAUCUCGAGAGACAGAUCCUCUUAAAACCACAGUGGUGACAGUGAGUUUUAUAGAGGGAGGUAAAGCAGAAAAUGUAAGUCCGGAGACACUGAGAUUUGGCGGAACUUACAGGAGCUUGACCUCUGAAGGCCUCUUCUACAUCCAGCAAAGAAUUAAAGAGGUUCUAGAGGCACAAGCAGCGGUGCAUAGAUGUAGUGCGCUGGUGGAUUUCAUGGAAGACACGCCGAUGCCUAUUCCGGUAAUGGUUAACGAUGAAGCAUUGUAUGAAGAUGCAAAGAAAGUUGGAGGUGCCUUGCUUGGGGAACCCAAUGUUCAGCUUCUUCCAGUGAGCACAGGAUCGGAGGAUUUCAGCUUCUUCUCACAGAAGAUUGCUGCUACAAUGUUUGGGCUUGGGACGAGGAAUUAUAGUCUGAAAUCAGAUCAGCCAUUGCACUCUCCGUAUUUUGUUAUUGAUGAAGAGGCUUUUCCAAUAGGAGCAGCUCUUCAUGCCGCUGUUGCAAUAUCAUACUUGGAUAGCCAUGUUGUUGAGGCUCAUUGAGUAUUUCAGAAGCUUGGAUUUGUUGCGGUUUCUGCCAAAAUAUGACCCUUUAGAGAAACAAAAAGAUGAUGUCAAUAAAAUCAAUGUAAAUUUCAAAAAAUUUGAAAUAUGAUUCUUAG